AGUUGACUGGAGAUGUAACUCCGGACCUUAAAUCUAUUGAAAAAGCUGAUAUAAUAAUAACGACACCAGAAAAAUGGGAUGGAAUUAGCCGUAGCUGGCAACAUCGAAAUUAUGUACAAGCGGUCUCACUUGUAAUUAUAGAUGAAAUUCAUUUACUUGGAGGUGAUCGUGGUCCUAUACUAGAGGCUAUCGUGUCACGCAUGAAUUAUAUCGGAUCACAAACUGAUAAGAAAGUUCGUAUUGUUGGAUUAUCAACGGCCCUUGCAAAUGCCAAAGAUUUGGCAGAUUGGUUAGGUAUUGAAAAAGAUGGACUGUUCAAUUUUAGUCAUUCAGUGCGCCCUGUUCCUUUAGAGAUUGAAAUUGAGGGUUUCUCCGGAAAACAUUAUUGUCCUCGUAUGGCCACCAUGAAUAAACCCGCCUUUGCAAAGAUCAUGUGUCAUUCUCCUCAAAAACCCGUAAUAAUAUUUGUAUCAUCACGUAGGCAAACACGUUUGACUGCACAGGAUUUGAUUGCAUAUGUUUGCAUGACCGAUAACCCAUAUCAUUUUUUAAAAAUGCAAGAUGAAGAAUUACAAAUGAUACUUACUCAAAUUAAUGAUAGUAGUAUGAAAAAUUCGCUUGCUUUUGGUAUCGGAUUGCAUCACGCUGGACUAAUAGAAAGUGACCGAAAAAUAGUAGAAGAGCUUUUCUUACAUCAAAAGAUUCAAGUGCUUGUUGCUACAAGUACAUUGGCUUGGGGUGUUAAUCUGCCAGCUCAUCUUGUAAUAAUUAAAG